AUGUCUCUCGAAACGCCAAGUGUUGCAAAUCGACGACGUGGCAACCAGCCCGGAAAUCAUUCAACCAUUAACGACAACCACGGAAGCCUACAAACAAAACUAAGGAGCCUCUACGAGGAAGAAACUUACUUCGUUACGAAAAAACUGGAGAAAUACCGGAUAAGAAAACAGAAGCUACUAAGUCAACUGGCCUUCUUGUGUCGGGACACCAGGAGGAAACUAGACCAAACUGAAAGGGAUCUACUGGAAGUACACCUCAGAUUAACCGACAAACUGGACAGAGAAACCUGGGAUUUGGUGGACAAAUUAACUACGGAGAAAGCUUCUUUCAAAGGAGAAGAAACCAAGCAGAAAUCCAAGUUCCAGAAGCUGCUCAAGGACCAAUCCCCGAAACAAGCCAACUGGGAUUUGGUGGACAAAUUAACUACGGAGAAAGCUUCUUUCAAAGGAGAAGAAACCAAGCAGAAAUCCAAGUUCCAGAAGCUGCUCAAGGACCAAUCCCCGAAACAAGCCAACUUAAACAAGUCUCGGACCGUCAUCAACCUUGCAUCCAUCCAACUGGAUGAAGACACUACAGAGGUAUUUACCAAAGGUCUGAACUUCGCCAUAGCCCCCAAGACAAUCCCGAAGGAGGAAAUUAUAAGCCUAUUAUUGGAUCCCAUUUACAAGAACAUCCGAAACAACACAGUCAAGAAAGUUGAGAAGAAGGUAGCCGUUGCAGUCCGAUCCUCAAACAUACCCAAGGAACUUCACAGGAGUUUGAUCCAAACCGACUCAAGGACACCUCAGCUGUACUGCUUGCCAAAGAUUCACAAACCGAAUAUCCCUCUUCGACCGAUAGUGAGUGCAGUUGGAUCAGCAACACACCCCCUGGCCCGAUACGUCGCACAUGAGAUAAGGGACUUAGUAGGGAGGACAGAGUAUCACGUCAAAAACGCCGGAGACUUUAUCGACAGGAUUCGAGGAAUUGAACUCCAACCAGGAGAUAUCCUAGUGAGCUUCCAUGUUACAUCCCUAUUUACGAAAGUACCUGUCGACGAAGCUUUGGAGAAACUGCAUCGAAGACUAAUCGCAGAGGAAAAAGGUGAGAGUCUAAUGGAAUUGGCAAAAGUGUGCAUAAAAUCGACCUUCUUUGCAUUCCGGGACCAAUUCUACGAACAGACGAAGGGAGCCUUUGAGAAGAAAGCCCUGAAAUCCACAACUUUGAAGCCUAAAUGCUGGUACCGAUAUGUUGACGACACUUUCAUCAUCUGGCCCCACGGACGCAACACCGUAGCGGAUUUCCUGGAUCACAUCAAUGGGAUACAUCCAGAUAUCCAGUUUACCAUGGAAGUAGAGAAAAACGCCGCUCUUCCCUUCUUGGAUGUUUUGGUUGAGAGGAAACCAGAUGACACUUUAGAACAUCGAGUAUAUAGGAAGCCAACUCACACAGAUAGGGAUGGUGGCGUGGAUCUGCCAGGUAUAGGGAAGAGAGUCAUCCGUGAAAGAAAUCCACUGGAACUCAACAACGCGUAUGAGGUCACCCACCGGAACAUCAUGGACCAGUGA